GUCGCCCCGGCCGCGCCGCACUCGGCGCCCCUGCCCGCGGCCCUGCUCUUCCCCGGCCACGGCUCCCACUACGUGGGCAUGCUGCGGGAGGCCGCCGGCAAGCCCGCCGUCCGGGCGAUGCUGGACAGGGCCGAGGAGGUCCUGGGCUGGAGCCCAGAGGAGCUGUGCCUCAACGGCCCCGAGGAAAAGCUCGGCCAGAUACGGUACUGCGAGCCGGUCAUGUACCUCGCAG